UGGCAGAACGUUUCAUAUCGUUUAACGAUCUGGUCAUAUAUGUGUCGAUAAGUUCGGGUGUGCACUCAAUUUUUAAGUGAUAUUUACCGUGAAUUUCAACCAAGUAUACACCGUGCCAUAUUUUAUUCAUAAAACUAAAAAAAAAUCAAGCCGAUUUUUUCUUUCGAAAAACGGAUUUUCGUUUGUGAAUUUAAUAUCUCUCAAAUUUUGAAAGUAAAAUUAAAUCAUUAUCAUUUUUUAUUUUGUAAACGGUGACAUUUUUGAAUGGCAACAAAAAAUUGAAGUUCAUCUUUGCCAUAUUUGAAAACAUUUUGUGUAUAAUCCUGAAUUCUGUGACGCGCUUCGGGCUUCUUAAAGAAGCCGAUUUAACGCCGCCAAAUUCGCCCGUGUCUUUGGCAUCACCGGUGACAUCAAUGGUCGAAACCAAUUCGAAUCAAAUGACUGUUCGAAGUGUACCGCACCAAAAAAAUCAAUCAAUUCCAAAUCAAGCCUAUUUAACCACCGCCAUGCUGCUCGGCACACAAAAUUGUAACUACUUAGGACAACGAUUGAAUAAUUUAAGGGAGCAUAUUGCCGAUAAUGAUUUGAUAUUGAAUGCAAGUGUUCAUCAAAUUCCACAACAAAUGGGACAAAUGCAAUCGAGUCCCGCCAAUUUGAAUCGAAUUAAAUUGGAAAAAGACACCGAAAAAGAGACGCUACAGCGGAAAGAUGAUGCAAAAAUUCGUGAUUGUAACAGUGGAUCGAUGGCAACGUCAAACUUUACGAUUGAUAGCAUUUUGGCAACGAAACCCGUUGAUAUUAAAUUCGAAUACAAUUCAAAGUCAGAGAGUCGAUCGCCGAGCAAUUCACCGUCGCUCAGCACAACAUCAAGCCCAGUUCGACCGACAAGGGUACCAGCCAUGCUACAUCCUGGUUUACAUUUGUCACAUCUAGCCGCAGCCGCUGCCACUGGCUUUGGCAAUCCAUCCGAUUUUCUUGUUGCAGCUUAUCCGAAUUUUUAUCCACAGUACAUGCAUGCGGCGGCGGUUGCACAUGUUGCUGCCGCUGCACAAAUGCAGGCACAUACAGCGCAUACGUCGUUAUCACAUCAUCAUCACAGUGGUCACUUGGGUCAUGGACCACCACCAAAACGGAAGCGUCGCCAUCGUACCAUUUUCACUGAAGAGCAACUCGAACAAUUGGAAAAAACAUUUGAAAGCACACACUACCCAGAUGUGCUACUGCGCGAACAAUUAGCACUAAAGGUUGAUCUGAAAGAAGAACGCGUUGAGGUUUGGUUUAAGAACCGACGUGCCAAAUUCCGUAAGAAUAAACGAGAGGAAAGCGAACGGCUUAGAAAAUUACAAGAGGAUCAUUUAAAUAAUGGUUCGUUAAAAUGCAAUUUAAACGAAUCCACAUCAUCGUUCAAUGGCUUAACCGUUGGUCCUGUAAGCAGCAAUAACAACACCACAAAAACAUCACUUGGACAUUCAAAUCUCAUGUACACAUACAGUGACGCCGACGAUUCAUCAUCCGAUUUAGAAGUUGCAUGAAAUCAUUUUAAUUAGACAAAUUCCAACAUAACAUUCUACAUUUUAGGUUAAAUUUCUAUUUGUGCAUAUCUUUAUAUCAUCAUUCGCCCAUUAUGUCUAUAAGUAAAUUAAUAUUUAGCGACUCAAGCUC